GGGGCGGAUGGGACGCGGCUCGGCGGGCGAGCGGUGCCGGCGUCCGCGGCUGGAAUGGUGCUGGCGACGGCGGUCGGCGCCUGCCUUCUGAAGCCCGAGAGGAGCCACCAUGGAGACGCCGCCGCUGCCUCCCGCAUGCACAAAGCAGGGUCAUCAGAAGCCUUUCGAUUCAAAAGAUGAUAAUACUGAAAAACACUGCCCAGUGACAGUGAAUCCUUGGCAUAUGAAGAAAGCUUUUAAAGUCAUGAACGAGUUAAGAAGUCAGAAUUUGUUGUGCGAUGUCACAAUUGUGGCAGAAGACAUGGAAAUCUCUGCUCACAGAGUGGUGCUGGCCUCCUGUAGUCCUUAUUUUCACGCCAUGUUUACAGGUGAAAUGAGUGAGAGCCGAGCAAAGAGAGUUCGAAUAAAAGAGGUAGAUGGCUGGACCCUGAGGAUGUUAAUUGAUUAUGUUUACACUGCAGAAAUUCAGGUUACAGAAGAAAAUGUACAGGUACUUCUCCCAGCAGCUGGUCUGUUACAGUUACAGGAUGUGAAGAAGACUUGCUGUGAAUUUUUGGAAUCCCAGCUUCACCCUGUCAACUGUUUAGGAAUCCGGGCUUUCGCUGAUAUGCAUGCCUGCACAGACCUCCUAAACAAGGCCAACACCUAUGCAGAGCAACAUUUUGCAGAUGUUGUACUUAGUGAAGAAUUUCUCAAUCUUGGCAUUGAACAAGUGUGUAGCUUAAUCUCAAGUGACAAACUUACCAUUUCCUCUGAAGAGAAGGUAUUUGAAGCAGUAAUAGCUUGGGUGAACCAUGACAAGGAUGUGAGGCAAGAGUUUAUGGCUCGGCUGAUGGAACAUGUUCGGUUACCUUUGCUUCCUCGGGAAUAUUUAGUUCAGAGAGUUGAAGAGGAAGCAUUGGUCAAGAAUAGCAGUGCUUGCAAAGAUUACCUCAUUGAAGCUAUGAAGUAUCAUUUGCUGCCAACAGAGCAGCGUAUAUUAAUGAAAAGUGUCCGGACCCGACUGAGGACACCCAUGAACCUUCCCAAAUUGAUGGUGGUGGUUGGGGGCCAAGCACCAAAGGCUAUUCGAAGUGUGGAAUGCUAUGACUUUAAAGAAGAACGAUGGCACCAGGUAGCAGAAUUGCCUUCCAGGAGGUGCAGGGCAGGGAUGGUCUAUAUGGCUGGGCUUGUUUUUGCUGUUGGUGGCUUUAAUGGCUCAUUGAGAGUCCGCACUGUAGAUUCCUAUGACCCUGUGAAGGACCAAUGGACCAGCGUGGCUAACAUGCGAGACCGGAGAAGCACUUUGGGAGCUGCUGUGUUAAAUGGAUUGUUAUAUGCCGUGGGAGGCUUUGAUGGGAGUACAGGUUUAUCAUCUGUGGAAGCAUAUAACAUAAAGUCUAAUGAGUGGUUUCAUGUAGCUCCAAUGAACACAAGGAGGAGCAGUGUUGGUGUAGGUGUUGUUGGAGGUUUGCUCUAUGCUGUAGGGGGUUAUGAUGGAGCUUCACGUCAGUGUCUUAGCACAGUAGAAUGCUAUAAUGCCACAACAAAUGAGUGGACCUAUAUAGCAGAAAUGAGCACCAGACGGAGUGGAGCAGGUGUUGGUGUGUUAAACAACUUACUGUAUGCUGUAGGAGGUCAUGAUGGCCCUUUAGUACGAAAAAGUGUUGAAGUAUAUGAUCCCACCACUAAUACAUGGAGACAGGUUGCAGAUAUGAACAUGUGCAGAAGAAAUGCAGGAGUUUGUGCAGUUAAUGGUCUGUUAUAUGUUGUUGGAGGGGAUGAUGGUUCCUGUAACUUGGCAUCCGUAGAAUAUUAUAACCCAACAACUGAUAAAUGGACAGUCGUGUCAUCAUGUAUGAGUACAGGGAGAAGUUAUGCAGGGGUCACAGUUAUUGAUAAACCAUUAUGAGCCUGAAGGACUUUUUGGCAUAUUUACACGUGAGAAACAGGCUUCAACAAGUAUUUCUGAAGUGACUGAGAAUCUAGCACUUCUCCACUUGUAGCUGCACUUUAGGUCUCAGCAGAAGAUAAGAUCGUCUGCCUUUAUAGGCCUCAGAUAUGAAGAUUAUUUUUGGUAGAAGCACCGUGUAGGCUUUUUCUGCAAUGAGCAGCAGCUGACUGAGUUUUAAUAAGAAACCCGGACUGCAGUACUUAUUCUGUAGUCUUUAGACAACAGUUGCUUUCAUAAAGGCUCAUUCUUCUCAUCCUUGAAUGACUAUGGAUUAUUUUGUGAAAGAGGAUAAAGUAAUGUGUGUUCUUGUAAAAUUAAAUUUGAUCUUUUCUUCCUCUACUGUAAAUCUGUAUACCCAGGAACUGAAAAUCUUUGAACAGGUAU